AUGUGCAACGUCAUCCAUCUCUACUACAGAUGUCAACAUACGCUACGCCUACGGAGAUCGCGUUGCAAAGGUACGAAACACAAGAUGACCCGGACGAGUAUAAAAGCUGCGUGCACGGCGGAAUCGUUCCUCACUGUAUAUGCUCGAACUGAAUGCAAUACCUGUGAGCACGCGAGCUGGGAGAGCGACUGGACAUGCAAAUUAGAACGAGCAAGAACAUUUCUAUCUAAGCUGAUUGAAAGGCGGAUGCUAGGAACGCCUGAGGUUUCUGCUCUGGUUAAGGAGCUCGAAGACCAGUACCAUAGGGCUUCAUGGGGUGCACGCAACAUCUCACACGCUUUUAAGAAGAGUGUGGCGCGGGUGAGCGUUAGCGACUAUAGGAUAGUGCGCUCGCCGUUGAAACAAGAAGUACAGCCAGAAGAUGUCGUUGACUUGAAAGAGAAGGACUGGGCUGAGAUGGACGAUCAUGACUAUGAUGGCGAUUACAUUGCGAGCACCGAUCCGAUCCACCCGGUCAGUACCGAUCAUUCACACCCACCCGACGAUGAUGAUGAUGGGAGUUGGAUCUUUAACCAUUUUUCGAGCGAAGAACUGGAGGCUUCAAAUGAUGGGGAGGUUGUGCUUGACUUUGAUCAGACUAGAUGGAGGUGGGAUAAUGACAACAGCGAGAACUCGAUUCCGAUUCGCAAGUUGCUCGAACAGCGACUACAAGAUGAUGCUGACAGAACAAAGUACUACAGUGACUUACUUCUAGUCUCACGAUGGGAAGCACGAGCAUUCGAAGGACCAGGAGGCAGAUUCAUUCCUGAUCCGCCGAUGGUUAGUGCAUGA